GGCAGAAAUCUCAGGUUUGCCCAAUGGGAAGCAAUUAUACCGAAUGAGGUACCCAAUGGCGUGAAGUUCACAGAACGUCAACAAGCCGAGUGUGAUAUCGUGACACUUUGCAUGUUUUACUCAGUGCGCAGCUAUGUCGCGAGGGGCUCAGAGUGACACUUCGGACGAGGCUGUGAGGAGCACCUGUGAUGACGCGUCUACCUGCAAGAGGUUUGCAGUAAGUUCUGGCUAUUGGAAAGACCCCUACAUACAGUAUUUUGCAAGACAGGCUAAGGAACGGAAAGCACCAGAGAUCAACAGAGGGUACUAUGCUCGUGUGCAGGGGGUCAGUCUACUGAUGAAGGAGUUCUUGAGACGGACGGAGUGCAACUGUCAGGUUAUCAGUCUCGGUGCUGGUCUGGACACAAGCUUCUGGAGAUUAAAGGACGAAAAUCUGAUGCCGAAAAAGUAUUUUGAAGUAGAUUUUCCUGAAAUCGUUGCCAGAAAAAUCCACAUUCUCAAGUCCAAACCACCGCUGUCUAAGGCUUUAAAGGAAACCCAUUCCGGGGAGUCUCUUUUAAUAAAUGCUCACAGCUUGGAUUCUACUCGGUAUUCACUGGUUGGUGCUGAUCUCCGAGACUUGAAAGAUAUGGAAGACAAGUUAAAGAAAUUUGGCCUAGACUCACAUUUGCCGACCCUUCUGGUUGCAGAAUGUGUGCUGGUGUACAUGUCUCUUGGGCAGUCCGCAAGUCUAUUGAAGUGGGCAGCAGACACGUUUCCUACGGCCAUGUUUAUAAACUAUGAACAGGUGAAUAUGGAGGACCGGUUUGGCCAAAUAAUGGUUGAAAAUCUGCAAAGACGUCAGUGUACGUUAGCCGGGGUGGAUGCUUGUAAAUCCUUACAGUCUCAGACUGAGAGAUUACUGGGAAACGGCUGGGAAACCGCACAUGCCUGGGACAUGACUAAAGUGUACAGCAACCUGCCCCAAGAUGAUGUUAUAAGAAUUGAGAAGUUGGAGUUUUUAGACGAGAAGGAGUUACUGGAACAACUAUUACUGCAUUACUGUAUAAGCUGGGCCACUAAAGAUCUGUUAAAUCUGGGCUUGUCGUCGAUAUCCUUUUGAUUGUGUUGCACACCUGAUGCAUGUUUGUCAUGCAAGAAAUCCAGGUUACUUGAGGUCCCUGCACUGCAGAUCUGCAGGCAUUUAUACAUCACUGCUACACUUUAUCUCUUUUUAGGAAGAGGAUGGAAAAUAGUCAAGAUCUGAUCACUUCUGGCGAUCAUCUUUGCUUGUACUUGUCAUGUUUUAAAUAAAUUUAAACUGUCUUUGGA